CUAUGAGUUAACCUUUGUAAAGUGUAGUGUAUGUACUUUACUAGCGGCACCCGGAGUCAUUCAAUAACAAUGACUUAUAAUACUAGUGAUCUUUGAUAGUAUAUAUGACCUCUAAUUUAGUCGCGGAUAUUUAUUAAUUAUUUAAUGAUAGUUAAUGAUAGUUAAGGUUGAAGUUUUGUUACAGUUACAUAUUAUUGGUAUAACAAUAUUUCAAAGAAGCAUGGAUCAUAUUAUUGCACAUGACAUACACAAAAAACCUCACACGCAGGAUAUUAAAAUAAAAGAUGUCACAUUUUUUCAAAUGGGAUUUUCUCAAAAGAUCCUGGAUGGAUUAUUCGGUUGUGGAUUUGAGAAACCAUCGCCGAUACAGUUGAAGGCGAUUCCAUUAGGACGGUGUGGAUUUGAUCUUAUUAUGCGUGCCAAAUCGGGGACUGGUAAAACAUUAGUAUUUUGUGUGAUAGCACUUGAGAUGGUCGAUGUACAAGUACCAUCUGUGCAAGUAUUAAUGCUAGCACCAACCAGAGAAAUUGCAGUUCAGAUUUCAGAAGUUUGCUCAUCCAUAGGAUGUGAAAUGAAUGGCUUAAAAGUUGAAGUAUUUAUUGGAGGAAUGGCUCUAGAAGGUGAUAAAAAGAAAGUAAAUGGUUGUCAUAUAGCUGUUGGUGCUCCGGGAAGAAUUAGACAUUUAAUUGAGAAAGGACUGCUAAUAGUUGAAAAUGUUAGAUUAUUUAUUCUAGAUGAAGCUGACAAAUUAAUGGAAAGCAAUUUUCAGAAGGACAUUAACUUUAUUUUUUCAAAAUUACCAUUGAGUAAACAAGUAAUAGCAUCGAGCGCAACUUACCCUGGUGAUCUUGAAACCUUUUUAUCAACAUAUAUGUGUUCUCCAGUUUUAACAUCUCCAGAUAAUGAUGGUCCGAUACUUAUUGGAUUAAAACAAUUUGUAGCUAUCGUUCCCUUUCAUCCAAAUGCAAUGAAACAGGUCCAAAUAAAAGUAGAUCAACUGAUAAAAAUAUUUAAUAAAGUUCAGUUCAAACAAAGCCUGGUCUUUUCGAAUUAUCAAUCAAGAGCACAAUCUGUAUGCAACAAAAUUAAUUCUAUGGGUUUCACGGCGACUUAUAUUGUCGGGAAUCAAGACAUGAAGAAAAGACUUGAAGCAAUCAAUAAAUUAAAAACAUUUAAAUGUAGGAUAAUGCUAACGACAGAUUUAACUGCAAGAGGUAUAGAUGCAGACAAUGUCAAUUUAGUCGUUAACUUCGAUUCGCCUACAGAUCCAGCGACAUAUUUGCACAGAAUAGGAAGAGCUGGUCGUUAUGGAUCGUAUGGUAUUUCAAUCACAAUAAUUGCAGACAACGAACUUGAAACAUUCGCACAAUUAUUAGGCUCAGUUGGUGGCUCAAACUUUUAUGUACUUAAACUCCCUACAAAUCCAGAUAAUAUUUGGACUAUUCCUGUUAGCAAACUCGAAAAAGUUUUUGCAAAAUCUGAAGCUAAAGGAAGUGCAUUAAGAUCUGAUAUAUCUACCGCAAGAGAGUUAAAUGAUUCAAGUACAAUAGAUGAUAGAAUUCGGUUAGAAAAUGAUAAAAAUUUAAACAGUGAUGAAGAUUUUGGAAACGAAGACAACGUAAUUACGAAUAAUGCACAGUCCACAAACAAUGUAGAAGGCACUGUAAUUAAAAAUACUAGAAAUAUCCAUAAAAGAAAUAAAUUUAAAGCGAGGUACUCAUGUUUGGAAAAUAGUGAUGAUAAAAGUGAGAAGGGAAAAGAAAUAGAAGUCAAAUGUUAUAGUACACUGCAACCGAAGGUUAUACAUAAAUUUAAAUUAGACCCUGUUCCAGACAGUCCUUCUGAUUGGGAAAAAGCUAAUGAGGAAACGGAGUUUGAAGUUGACUUGACGGACGUGCGACAGGCUGAUCUAUCCGAUACUGAUAUUGAAAACAUUAUUGAACGUUUAAGAUAUAAUUUUCCUAGCAAAAAAUUGGAUGAAGAAUCUACUAUAGAUAUUACUACAAAUACAGAGUCACCGACAACGGAUCCAGAUCAUCAAGAUCAUCAGAAUGAAAUAAUCAAUUCUUUUUGUUAUUUCAGUAUGACAGAUUUCAGUAAAAACUACAUUGACGAAAAACCUGAGGAAAUGCAAAUAAAACAGGCAACCGCGUGGAAACAAAAAUUGAAUCUUGAAAUUGGAUUAUUAAAUUACAUAUUGGAAACUAUGACAGAAUCUAUACAACGAUUGCUAUACUUUGAGCAUAUUAAGAAGCUCAAAACAUUUUUUAAUGUACAGAAACAAGCAGUUUUGUGCAUUUAUCCAGAAAUACGGAAUGAAGAGGAAGUCAACGAUACCUAUCUGUAUUCUCUCUCUUCUGGCUCAUUGCAUACGGAUUUAUUGCAGCUAUAUAGAGAAAUAGAAGAUUUCAAAACAUUCCAUAGAAAAUCUGACAAAGAGUUUUAUGCAUAUUUUCCAUACCCUGUUAAAGAAGACGAAUAUAUGCCGAAUCUCAUGAUUUCAAAGUCCGAUAUAGACGAUUAUCGCAACGCAUUGCGAUAUUUCAGGUCGAACCCUUAUCCCGGCGAAAAAUUAUUAGAAAUAAUAGAUUUUAUAGCGUCCAUAAGCGAAGCUAUGCAAUAUAACAUCCUUCAAAAAUUACAAGUUGUAAAAGAAAAAUCGUUUGAUGAAUUAUUAAUAAUACUACGAAAUGAAGCAGCAAACGAUGAAUUGAAUGAAGACGAAUGUGUAGAAAAUGAAAUCGAUGAGUCAGAAGAAACUGAACAAGAAUAUACAACUGUGGACCAAGAAGAGUUACAACAUAUAGAAAAUUUAAAUGAUCUAAAAACCGACACCACAUAUUAUCAUUCACCGAAUAAAGAUAUUAACGAAGACAAAAUUAAUAUUGAACAAUUUUUAACAUCAUUAAGAGCUGAUACAGACCGUUUACAUAUGGAAUUGUAUAAAUCGCAGAUACUAUGGGAUAUGGGAUAUCGGAUAUGGGAUAUGGGAUUUGAGAUAUGGAAUACUAUGGGAUAUGGGAUAUCGGAUAUGGGAUGUGUGAUAUGA